AAAGAUAAUACAGUGGACAGUAUGGUUAAUGAUGUUCUGGUUGUCACGCAAACUUCACAUGAUGUCAAAGAAGAAGAGGAGGGGAAAAUGCUGGAGACAGAAAAGACUAUCAGGGUUAAACAUGUGGACGAUGAAGAGAAAAUCAGGCUGAAUAAUGAUGAUAAAUCAGCACAGAUUGACGACCAAAUGUUUGGGCUCAGAGAUCUGUCCAAAGACAACCUCCUGAAACUGCUUGGCAUCAUGGAAGGAGAGAUUCAGGCACAAGAAGAUGUGAUCCAUCUACUGAGGUCUGCGCUGCUGAGUCGACCAGAGGAGCUGGAGUCCCGUUAUGUCUUAUCGGGGCCGACCCGACCUCUGCAAGCCCUGCAGAGAGACCGAACACUCAGCAACAUCCAUGCACAACACGAAAAUGUGUAUGAUAAGCCAAUGGCAGAGCUGGACAGAUUGCGGGAUAAGCACAAGGACUCAUACCGCCAUAUGCUGGAACAGCUUUUACUGGCUGAGAAAAGCCACCGGCGCACUAUCUAUGAGCUGGACACUGAGAAACGCAAACACAUAGACUACAUGAACAAGAGCGAUGACUUCACCAACCUCCUGGAGCAGGAACGAGAGAGGUUAAAGUGGUUGCUGAAACAAGAAAAAACAUACCAAAUAAGGAAGGAAAAAGAAUUUUCAAAACGAAUGCAAAGAACAUCGGGUGAGCUGGUUAAGCUGAAGUCCUUUGCACUCAUGAUGGUUGAUGAGCGAGAACUUCACUUGGAGAAAAUCGACAAACAGAGCCACAAAAUACAAGAUCUUCUUCAAAAACUUGAUGAAAAUGAGAAGAAACUACAUGAGGCAGAGAAAAAAACAAAGGAAGUCAACCAGAAAUUCCUGGAUUUUGAGGUUGAGCUGGAGCUAAGAACUUCUAAGUUUGCAAAAGAGCAAGAGGAGAUGUCUGCAAAACUGACCAGCCAAGAAUCUCAACAUCAGCAACUGUCCCAGAAACAGAUAGAAUUAUUACACAGACUUAAGGAGCUUGAAGAGACCAACAAAGCUCUUCAGAAAUCAGCAGAGGAGCUCCAGGUGUUAAGGGACAAGAUCAGAAAGGGUGAAUGUGGCAGCUCAAAUUUGAUGGCAGAACUUGAGAGUUUGCGUACAAGAAUUCUGGAAAUGGAGGGUAAAGAUGAAGAGAUCACCAAAACUGAGAACAAAUGCAAUGAGUUGAAGAAGAUGCUACUGGCUGAGGAGGCUCAGAAUAAGGACCUGAGGCUAGAGGUGGAAAAACUGCAACAGAGAAUGACACAGUUAGAGACACUAGAGAUGACCUUCAACAUGGGCAGGACAGAAUGUGCCCAGUUGAAGGCAGCUUUGGAAAAGGAGAAAAGCUUGACUAAAGACCUAACAGACGAACUUGUGAGCGUUAAAAUCCGUAUGAAGGAGCUUGAAUCAUCUGAGCUGAAAUUGGAAAAGGAUGAAUUAGAUUUAAAAGAGGAUCUUUUGAAACUUAAAUCAGUUACUGUAAUAAUGGUCAAUGAGCACAAGAACAUGACAGACAGAAUUAGGUCUGAGGAAAAGAAGAGAGAUGAACUGAACCAACUCUAUAAGGCAGAGCAGGAGAAAGUCAUGGAGGUUACUGAGAGGUUAAUAGAGGAGAGCAAGAAGCGUCUGAAACUAAAGUCAGAGAUGGAGUUGAAGGUAGCUGCUCUUGUAAAUGAGAGAGAUGAAAUAAAGCGAAAGCUUACUAAAGCAGAAGAACAGUGUACAGAUCUGAGCUCCAAGUAUGGUGUAAUGAAACACAGUACCACAGACAAAGAAGAAAGGGAAUCUUUUCAAAAGAUGAUGGACCUGCAGAGUGUCUCAAAUGCACAUGGAAAAGAUGAGAAUAAAGUUAAGGAGUUGACUUUGGAAAUUGAAAGGUUGAAGAACCGUCUUCAACAGCUCGAAGCCAUUGAGCGAGAUGUGAAUAAACCAGAGUAUAAUUUGUUAGCAACUGAGAAAGAAAGGGCACAUUUUCUCCCACAGCAGGUACAAGAAAUAAGUCAAACAGCAUUGAGUAAGGUAAUAGAGCAAGGUGAGGUAAGCUGUCAGGAGGCUGAACUGAAAUGUCGGUUCAUGAUGGAGGAGGCCAAAACCAGAGACCUUCAAACAGAUGUGCAAGCCCUGAAGGAGAAGAUUCAUGAGCUAAUGAACAAAGAAGACGAGCUAUCCCAGCUACAGGUGGAUUAUUCUGUUCUGCAUCAGAGGUUUCUAGAGGAGGAAGACAAGAAAAAGAGUAUAAGCACUGAAGUUCUAAACCUUACCAAAGAACUUGAGGUCACCAAGUGCUACAGCCGCACUUUACGGCCCAGCACCAAAGGAAGCCGGAUGAUGGAUGUUCCAGUGACGUCAACUGGAGUACAAACCGAUUCAGUUGAAAAUAGGACAGCUGACAGUGACACACCUGCUGCGUUUAUCAAGAAGUCUGUCCAAGAGGAGAAUCGGAUCAUGAGUAGUCUUCAACAGAAGAGCUUAAAGAAGCCAGCGCAGAGACCGACAGUGCGUGAACUUUAUCCUCCAACAGUCAGUGACUAUACUGUGAAGAAGUCCUGGAUUCCUUGGAUGAGGAAGAAAGACAGCGGUGCUUCUGAAGUAUCUUUGGAUACCAGUGGGGAGGUUGCACCUUCUGAAGUCAGUAUGUCCCAAAAGUAUGACCAUCCAUUGCACGCUCAGGUGAUCCCAGAUAUUCAGAACAACGAAGCAACCUUACAGAAUUGCAUUGGCCUGUCUGAGGACUUGAACAAACAAGCUUCUGCCAAACUAUCACAAAUUCAGAACCCCCAGACAACCAUCAUUCCUACAAAUGAACGAACCAAAGAGCCAAAGAAUCCUGAAAGAGUUAGAUCACCAAUGACCUUUGCCUCCAUCUCGAGAGUAAAGAGUGCAGAGAUCAUGAGGUCUCCCUCUAUGGAUAAAUCGUUAUCUCCUGUAUCCAUUGCAUCCAUCAGCAGCUCCCAAGAAUCUGUGGACAUGAUAACAGGUAGAGCUGUAUUUAAGGAGACUCCCGAAAAACGAAUGGUCCCCACACCUAUCAAGAAGUCAAAUGCUAAUGUCAUUACCACAGAAGACAGUAAGAUUCACAUUCACUUAGGAUCACAGUUCAAGAAGACCACUGAUCAUGGCUCAGUCGUCAUGGUUAAAUCUACUGCCGUAUCAUCUGAGUGUAAUGAAGUUUCUACCGGAACAGUGCUACGCUCACCACACAGUGUGACUGCCAGCAAAUCAACAUCUAGCAAAGCGAUGAGCAGCAUCACCAUCACACAGGUCACUAAAGCACCAGCCAGACCUACACUCUCAGUGCAGCCCAUCAUUGAUGUCCCAUCAGCACGAUCAGGGCUCAGUCGUAUUCCAAUGUCUCGGGGGAUGAAAACUGGAAAAGCUGUGCUUGGAGCUUUGGGAAUCACCACAGGAGUUAAAAUGGAAACAAAUGCAGAUAACCAAGCCAUGCACAUGUAGCAUUUGGACCAAUCAGACACACAUUUUUUUUGUUAUAUUUAACAAAUACUCCGUAACACCCCUCAAUCAACUAUGAGGGCUCAAUGGACC